AUGCACCCCAACCCACCAGGCAAUGGCCAAGGUCCCAGUCCAUCUGGCCCAGGACCGGACAGAAAAGGGUCCGUCAAGAGAGCGCGACAACUGCUCGAGGCAGGAGUACGCCCAACACAAAUCUCGCCGCCACAGCCACUACACCAUCCGUCUCCGGUGCGCAAUGCACCCGCUCAAGGGCAGUGGCCUCUGCCCGAUUCGGGUCUGCCAGUCUACCCGAUGCACCACCAUGCCCGAUUCCUGCUUCCACGGGGCCCUCCGCCGCAACGACCGCCGCGUCCGAACGAGGUGCCCUCGCCGUCAAUCUACUCCGAGAAAAGGGGGCAGGAGAUGGAGAACGACUCGGCAUAUACUGUCAGAUCAGCCAGGUCUUUCUCGCUCCCUCAAGUCCAUACCCGAGCACCGCCACCACGCCCGUCCACAAACGACGGCUCCUGCGCUAGUCCCACCAGCACGGUGGACAUGGCGCCUCGCAUCUCCAUCGCUACGGAGGAGCUCUUCCGACAAUCGACCACCUCGUCGACCGUCUCUAUCCCGGGUGCCUCCCCGUUCCCGCCACCACCGGAGCCGCCGCUACCCCCCAUCGGUCCGCAGCGACGGACGGCUGGUUUGGUUGCUCCGCCCAACGUUCGACAGCCUCCCCGCGCGCGUCGAUCGUCCGUCUCUCCCAUUCCCGAGGAGAUUUCUGAUCCUCGCCACACCCUAGGUUCCUUUGCGUCGAGCCGGGCUAUUCCAUCUAGCUGGGGUUCUGGCGUGGCCGAGUCGGAGAUCCUCGGCGCAUACCUGGAUGUUGAUUCAGACGAUGAACGCCCCCGGCCAAGUCUCCAAGACGACCCUGCGAUGCUGGUGAGGAACGCGAGUCUUGGGAAGAGGGGAAAGCCGACUAUGCGCACGAUUUCCAAGUCCAACCCUACUUCCGAGGUGUGUGUCCCAGACACGCAGCCGGGAAUGGCUCGGGGCGAGCCGACUAAUUACGCAGGGAUCGGCGCCAUUGGAAUGGGAGCCAUGGUCAGCCAGACACUCUACCCGCCGACUCCUCUGCGAAGGGGGUCUGCUUCGACUGCAUCCAGUGACAAUUCCAAGGGCGUGGAUCCGGAAAAGCCGCCGAUCACGCAUCACGAUGAACCAUAUCGUGAAUCUUACGAAAAGGAGAUCAAGGCCUUGCCGAGAGCCGCGCCAACAAUGAGUGAUAAGAGACCCGGGGGACGCAAGCCUCCCCAGCUAGACAUAGAGGCCGUCCGGGGUGCCGAAGCUCGGGGGAGUCUUUCCAGCCUGAGUGAUCUCAUCCGACGGGCCACCAAGCUUGCAUCGAAUCUGGACCGCGGGAAAACUGCCAGUAGGGCUGAUCUAGCCGGCGACGCAGAUUUCCGAGCCGUAAUGGGAAACCGGGGCCGCAACUCGGGAUCUCUUUCUGACAUCCUCGCCUCGUUUCCUCCGCCAGGGCUGACCAACUCGGAAGGCCGCAGUUCAUGGCCUGUAUUCUUUGGACGCUCAAACCUGCGCAACGCCGAACCGCUCGGGUCCAACGAGGACGACCCUCAUGCCGCUCGUCGCAAGCGACACUGCUGUGGAAUGCCGCUGUGGCUAUUCAUCCUGCUUUGCAUUGUGAUUUCCAUCAUCAUCCUCCUUGCGAUUCUUCUGCCAGUCCUCCUUGUUGCCGUUCCCCGACACCAGGCUAGUAGCCAACCGUCUUGCCUGCAGACUACGUCCUGCCAAAAUGGGGGCGCCAGUGUCUCGAGUGGCAAGGAGUGUUCCUGUGUUUGUGCAAACGGUUACACAGGUUCACAGUGUACCAUUGCCAGCGAUGACAGCUGCGUCACGACCCAGAUUAAGAAUAGCAAGAAUGCGACCACGGGCAGCGCACUUCCGAGUCUCUUUACAGACGCAGAGAAAUUCAGCGUUCCGCUCGACCCAGUCACGGUCAUGGCUCUCUUCAGUCUGGCAAACAGUUCCUGCAAGACUGAGAAUGCGCUGGUCGCCUUCAGUGGACUCGACCGCGGGGACUCUGGGAAAUCCCGUCGAUCUAUUAAGUUGCCGGUCGACCCACCGGCGUCCCGUGAAGACAAGAGCGCUAGCCAUUCUUCCGACUCGUCCAACGGGCCUACGCCAGUUCUCGCAGGCCGGGCUCUGGCGACCUUGCACGGCAUCCUGUACGACGAUUCAGGGCCUGGUAAGAUGGCAGAAGCCAGAGCGGCGCCGGUUGAGAAUGACUCCACCACUACCAAGACCAGUGUAGGUGCUUCUUCGACUACCCACCCAGCCGCUUCAACCGCGAUGAAUAUCCCGGACGAGGUGGUGGAAUUCUCGCAGGUGGCCGUGCUCUACAUGCUGCAGAAGACCGGAUCGUUCAACUCGGCACAGGACUCUCAGGAGAGCAUCCAGUCCUAUCUGACCGAAUCCUAUCCCAAGGCGACUCAUCCAUCGUUGGAAUUAUUUGGAUUCUUUGAGAUGGACUUUGAAAACAAGACCAUCACGCUGUCCAACAACACGGGCACAGGAUGA